AUGGUCGAAGCCAUCGUACGAUGCAGUGAGACGGAAUCCCAUCGUCAUGCAAGUUCCACUCGACGAGCAGUUUCGAACCCUCAUCACUGGUUCACUGCAGAACAGCAAGACCGCGUAAUUCUCGUUAUCGACGCUCUGGAUGAAUGCAAGUCUGGAUCACAACGAAAGGAACUUGUCGAGGCUCUUAUCUGCAGCUGUUCGGAGAAUGCAAAAUCUCAAGAUAUUCAUGACGAGUCGACCAGACCCCCUGUCGUCGAGGCCGUCUUGGAGUCGCUCUCGACCAAGGUCAAGUUACAGACCGCCUUCACGAUACCAAUCAUCGUGACAAUAUCGACGACAUUGCGAACUAUAUUACCGAUCACUGGUGGCAGAGACAAAAGGCAGAAGCUCGUCGAAAAGGCCAACGGGCUCUUCAUCUGGGCGAGCACCGCCUGUCGAAUGCUCAAAAAUGAGGCCAGCUUAAUCUCACCCGAGGACAUGUACGCUCGUCUGACCUCCAUGGAUCAAGUUGGAGUCAUAGACGACGUUUACAAUCUUGUCUUCGAGCGCACAGAUCCUGAAUACUACACAGUCUUGUGUACAAUGCUUGCGCUUACUGCUGCAUUCGAACCGCUCUGA